CAAAUGGGUAGCUGCAGCAUGGCGUUGUACCUUAUCCACUCAGAUUUUUAGCAUCUUCACAAUUAUUUAUAUACCAAACAAAUAAAUUUUAUCUUAAAAAUUUCCCCCAAAAACAAUUAAACCAAACCGGCAGUUCAAUUCAAAAUACCGUUACCCCCAAAUUCGGUUAAACAGAAAAGGAAAGCAAUUGGCGCGAACAUGGAGUUACAAGGGCUCAGAGGCUCCAAUAAUCCCAAGGCGAUGCUCUCUUCUCUGCUGAACAAGAGGGAAAAGCUGCAAGACGAGCUCCGCAGUGUUGAAAAGCAGGUGUACGAGCUGGAAACGAGCUACUUACAAGAAACGACCACGUUCAGCAACGUGUUGAAGGGCUUCGAUGGCUUUCUUUCUUCAUCAAAGAAUGCAUCCAACUUAAAGAGAUCCAGAAAGUUCCAGCUCGAAGAUAGAGUAUUCUCGUUAUCCUCAGUCACCUCACCAGCGGCUGAGGAGCUAAGAGUUGGGAAAGAGGAUGGAAAAUCGGACAUGGUUCAAGGUAGACCGAGAGGCGGAGGCUUAGCAACUGCUGGACCGGGGAAGCCGAAGAAGGGAAGAAUGGGCCAGAGGGAAGUGAAGAGAGUCAAGCUCGCGAGCGACGUAGAUCCCGAUGAGGAUGACGAUCUUGAUAUGAGAUAGCUCUGUUCAAUUUCGAUCGAUGUUGUAAACCAUAUUCUUUCCCUUUGCUCUAAUCUCUUACAAUUGGAUCCAUAAACACUUCAAUAGAAGUAGCAAGGUUAAGAAAAAUACGAGGAAUAUGCUGGCUUGCGAAGCAUCAUUGUUUGUAACUAUUCCAUGGCACUUGUUCGAUUUGUAAGAUUAGAUAUGAUUAGUCUAAUAAUAUUUUGUUCAGUUUGUAAGAUUA